AUGAACAAGGAUAAAGCACAGCCAGACGCGGGUCUGAGAAGCUUGAACCAUUCAUUGAAUUGCAGCAGUCCGGAACCUGAUGCUGAUGGCACGCCCUCACCACUCUUAGAUCAACGCAAGCUCCCACGAUGGCGGUACUGGGUGCGCCAGAAGACCCUGCCGCUCGUGCGGUGGGAGACGCCUUAUCUCGCCUGGUUCCAGGAGCGAAUGCGCACUCCCUUCCUUGAUACUUGGUUUGCUGUCAGCGCAAAUCUCGGCACCCACACGUUCUACAUGGUCAUGUUGCCGAUACUGUUCUGGUGUGGAUAUACCCAACUCGGUCGGGCCAUUGUCCAUCUCCUCGCGUCCGGCGUCUUUUUCAGCGGAUUCAUCAAAGACCUGCUCUGCCUCCCUCGACCUCUCUCCCCCCCUCUCCAGCGAAUUACCAUGUCCGGCUCGGCCGCAUUGGAAUACGGCUUCCCCUCGACUCACUCCACAAACGCCGUUUCUGUAGUUGUUUAUGCGAUUCAUAGUCUGAACUCCGCCGAAUCUACCCUCUCGCCAUUUGCAAAAGCGCUUUUCCAGUUUCUUCUAUUCGUAUACGGGACAUCCAUCGUGGUGGGCCGGUUGUAUUGCGGCAUGCAUGGGUUUUUAGACGUGGUUGCCGGCUGUGCGCUCGGCGCUCUGCUGGGAUUUAUCCAAUGCGCGUAUGGGGCGUUGAUAGACGAAUACGUUCUGUCGGGUUCUUUCCAGGGAUUGUUCCUUGUGGCUCUGGUGAUUCUCGUUCUGGUUCGGAUUCAUCCGGAGCCGGCGGAUUCUUGUCCAUGUUUCGAUGACAGCGUUUCGUUUGCCGGUGUCCUGAUUGGAGUUGAGGCCGGCGGGUGGCAUUUCGGCAAAACGACGCUUGGAUCGCCGGUUCCCAUUCCGGGCAGUGUCGUAUUCGACCUCCAAGAGCUCGGCUGGUUCAAAGCGGUGGUGCGGAUCGUUCUGGGCGUUGCCACUGUUUUCGUUUGGAGGGAGGUUAUGAAACCAUCCUUGCUUCGGGUCCUCCCGCCUCUGUUUCGCGUUAUUGAAAAACUGGGCCUCAGCCUGCCGCGGCGGUUCUUUACAAAAGCCUCAGAAUACAAACGAGUCCCAGACCAUCUCAAGGAUAACGAUGUCAUUCCCAAUGUCUCUGAGAUCCCCUCGAUGCUCACGUCCAUCCGCCACCCACGGCGUCGCGCUGUUUCGGUUGGCCCGCAGUCGGAAGCGGAUGCAUAUGAGACCCUCGCCUAUCGCGAACACCGCCGGCGGCUGAGCACGUCCUCCGCAAAUCGAGCAGCAGAUACUCGAUCGUCACCAUUGGCAGCUGGCCCUGAGAACAGCGACAGUUCCCACUCGGCCCCUGACCCAAAACACCCGAAGCCGCCGAGAUCGGCCAAUCGGAGUCCAUUGCGGCUGCAUGAGUAUGAACACAUGAUGGGAACGGGCACUCCAGUCUAUGAGCAGAAUGGGACGGACAAAGACGGCGGCUCCGCGCGCCAAUCACCCGAUUACAGCAAGUCACAGAAUGAAGAAGAUAUGUUUUUGAUGAUCACGAAGCCACGGGUACGGUAUGAUGUGGAGGUUGUAACGAAGUUGAUUGUUUAUACCGAUCUGGGACACAAGGGUCUUACUUUAUUCACACUACAUGUCAUUUGA